AUGGUGCUCAACGACUACACGUAUAUCUUUGCCAUCGGCACCAUUUUUGCUAUGCUUGAUGCAUACAACAACGGCGCCAAUGAUGUUGCAAACUCCUGGGCCACCAGUGUGUCCUCGCGCUCCAUCUCCUACCGGCAGGCCAUGGUAUUCGGCACCAUCUUCGAGUUUCUCGGUGCAGUGACGGUCGGUGCCCGUACUGCAGACACAAUCAAGAACGGCAUCAUCCCCCCAGAGGCCUUCAACGGCAACGCCGGUGUCCAGAUGCUGGCUUUUGCCUGUGCCCUGGCGGCGGCCUCGUCGUGGGUGAUGUGGUGUACCCGCCAUUCCACCCACGUCUCCUCUACAUACUCGCUCGUCUCUGCCAUCGCCGGCGUGGGCGUUGCCACUGCCGGUGCCUCGUCUGUACAAUGGGGAUGGAACGGAGGCAACGGUCUGGGUGCCAUCUUUGCUGGUCUUGGAAUGGCCCCGGCCAUCUCAGGCUGCUUCGGAGCCAUCAUCUUCCUGCUCAUCAAGCUGGUCGUGCUCAUCCGCAAGAACCCCGUCCCCUGGGCUGUCUGGACUUCGCCCUUCUGGUUCCUCAUUGCCGGAACUAUCUGCUGUCUCUCGAUUGUCUACAAGGGCUCUCCCAACCUGGGUCUCGACGACAAGCCCAAGGGUUGGAUCGUCGGCGUCACCCUUGGAACCGGUGGUGCCGUCUGCCUACUGGCGGCCCUCUUCUUCGUGCCCUUCGCCCACGCCCGCAUCCUCAAGAAGGACCACACCGUCAAGUGGUGGAUGUUCGUCUACGGCCCUCUCCUCUUCAGCCGCCCAGCCCCUGAAAACGCUGAAGUCGCCGCCGUCCCCGACUACGCCGUCAUGCAGGACGACGAACUGCCCGGCUCCCCUGAAACCCUGACCGAAGAACAACUCCCCAAGGCCGCCCAGGACAGCGAGAAGGUCGUCUCCGCCGAAGCCUCCGAAGCCCAGGUCGACUACAAGGAACUCAUGGCCCGCGGCGAGGCCCGCUUCCAUGCCAAACUGCGUCGCGGCCGCGGACCUCUCGCCUGGGCCAUGCGAACCCUCCACGACAACCCCAUGGGCUCCGGCGAGAUCUACGAGCUGCACAACAUCAAGCGCCUCCUCAAGCGCCUCCCGGCCAUGGUCACCGUUGGUCUUCUCUACGGUCUGCACUACGACAUCCACGCUGCCCAGUCUGGUGUGCACGGAACCCCUGAGGGAGCCCGUAUGGAGCGCGUCUACUCCCACGCUAAGAAGUACCCUAACGAGGUUGAACACACUUACUCCUUCGUCCAAGUUCUCACAGCCUGCACUGCCUCGUUUGCCCACGGUGCUAACGAUAUCGGAAACUCCGUUGGCCCUUGGGCUGUCCUCUACUCCGCCUGGACGACCGGCCAGGCCAGCGAGUCCAAGGCAGAGGUUCCUAUCUGGCAGCUUGCUGUCCUUGCUAUCAUGAUUUCCAUCGGUCUGGUUACCUACGGUUACAACAUCAUGAAGGUCAUGGGCAACAAAAUCACCUACCACUCCCCCAGCAGAGGCUGCUCGAUGGAACUCGGCGCCGCCAUCACCGUGCUCGUCUUCUCGCAGUAUAAGCUGCCCGUGUCCACGUCCAUGUGCAUCACCGGCGCUACUAUCGGCGUCGGUCUCUGCAACGGUACCGUCCGUGCGGUUAACUGGCAGCGUGUCGGCCUCCUUGGUCUGGGUUGGAUCAUGACCAUCCCGAUUGCGGGCACUCUUGCGGGUUGUCUCAUGGGGUUGCUUCUGAAUGCGCCUCACUUUGGUUCUUAA